CACUGGUUGAUUCUUGUAUGUGACCUGACCAGAGAUCAAACCUGCAACCUUGGUGUAUCAGGCUGAUGGGACAAUAUUCUAUUCAACUGAGCAACCCAGCUGCCUGGUCAGGGCUGAAUGUACCCUCUUUAUUUAUUUACUUAAAAUUUUUUUUAAGAUUAUUUAUUUAUUUUGAGGGGGAAGGGAAGGAGAAAGAGAAGGAGAGAAACAUCAGUGUGUGGUUGCCUCUUGUGCUCACUGCACUGUACUGAGGACGUGGCCUACAACCCAGGCAUGUGCCCUGAUGGGGAAUUGAACCAGCAACCCUUUGGUUUGCAGGCCGGCAUUCAAUGCACUGAGCCACACCAGUAAGGACUGAAUUUGUCCUCUUUAAUUAGGGAAGGUUGAAAAGGUUGGGUUUGUAUACUUUAGGCUUUUUCCUUCCCCAGUGCCUCUUCUGAGUUCCCUCACUGAGUUCCCUUUAGUUCCCUAAAUUAAAGUGUCGGUCCACUGAUCCUUGUUUGAAACCCUUGGUGAUGGGUGUUUUGGAAUUCCGGCUUGAGAAAAGGACAUUCCAUAGCACCCACAUCGGAAUGUGGGCUAGCACCCAAUAAUUAAACACAUUAUUUCUAUACCUAGUGGUAUAAAGAAAGAUUGUUCUCACAGAUCAUUUUUGCUCCCGAAUGAGUAUUGUACCACAUUUGAGGAAAACACUUGGUUUGCAGACCUUUUUGGACUAUAGGAUUGCAGGGUAAGGAAUCUUAGGCCUCUCCUCUUUGUUGGUUGUGGUAAGGACAAAAUAAAAUAAUGCAGAUAUAGCUCUUGGCACCCUGUGGAAGAGACCCUUGUUGAGUAUUGGCUGCUGUUGCUAUCAUCUUUGUGGCUAUGACCUUAAGAGAUGAACUAGAGAGAUUGUCAACAAUAUAUGAAUGCCCACUCCAGGAAGGGCACUUAAUGUAUGCUUUUGUUCUAAAUAAGCUGUUGGAGGUCCUGGCUUUUAUUUUUAGGUCAUGAGUUGGUUCUGGUGGAAAUAGGCACAUAUUGCCUCUUAUGGUUAUCUGUCAUAAUUUCCAUGUUGUGGGUAAAUCAUUAAAAAAAAUAACUUUGAUGUAGGUUUUCUUUUUUUAAUCCUCAUCCAGGGAUAUGUUUAUUGAUUUCAGAGAGUGAAAGAGAAACAUUGAUGUGAGGGAAACAUCGAUCAGUUGCCUCCUGUGUACACCCUGAUGAGGGAUCUAAGCUGUAACUUAGGCUUUGUCCAGGGAUCUGAAACCACUUUGCAGUCAACGUACUCAGACACAAGUACUCAGCCUACCUGUGAUUAUGGAUAUGGAACUUGGAACUCUGGGACAAACAGAGGCUACGAGAACUAUGGUUAUGGCUAUGGCUAUGGCCAGGAUAACACCACCAACUAUGGGUAUGGUAUGGCCACUUCAAACUCUUGGGAAAUGCCUAGCUCUGACACAAAUGCAAACCCUAGUGCUGUGGGUAGCACCAGUGCCGAUUCCGUUUUGUCCAGAAUUAACCAGCGCUUAGAUAUGGUGCCACACUUGGAGACAGACAUGAUACAAGGAAGCAUGUACAGCUCAGGUGGAGAAAGAUAUGAUUCCUACGAGGCCUGCGACUCAAGGGCUGUCCUGAGUGAGCGUGACCUUUACCGGUCGGGCUACGACUAUGGCGAACUUGACCCUGAGAUGGAAAUGGCCUACGAGGGCCAGUAUGAUGCCUACCGAGACCAGUUUCGCAUGCGUGGCAGCGACACCUUUGGCCCACGGGCUCAGGGCUGGGCCCGGGACUCCCGAAGUAGCCGGCCAGUGGCCUCAGGCUAUGGGCGCAUGUGGGAAGACCCCAUGGGGGCCCGGGGCCAGUGCAUGCCUGGUGCCUCCAGGCUGCCCUCCCUCUUCUCCCAGAACAUCAUCCCGGAGUAUGGCAUGUUCCAGGGCAUGCGAGGUGGUGGUGCCUUCCCAGGCAGCUCCCGCUUUGGCUUCGGGUUUGGCAAUGGCAUGAAGCAGAUGAGGCGGACUUGGAAGACCUGGACCACAGCUGACUUCCGGACCAAGAAGAAGAAGAGAAAGCAGAGUGGCAGCCCUGAUGAGCCAGACAGCAAAGCCUCCCGGACUGAUUGCUCAGACAACAGUGACUCAGACAAUGAUGAGGGCACUGAAGGGGAAGCUGCUGAUGGCACUGAAGGUGCAGACGCUGUGGAAAGGGACUCCAGAGUGGAAGGAGAAGACGAAGAGGGAAAAGAGGAGGGGAAGGAAGACGGCAAAGAGGAUGCAGACAAGGGGUCUUUGAGCACCCAGGAUGAGAGUAGCCAGACCAAGCGCAAGUUACAGGCAGGCAAGAAGAGCCAGGACAAGCAGAAGAAACGGCAGCGAGACCGCAUGGUAGAAAGGAUCCAGUUUGUGUGUUCUCUCUGCAAGUACCGAACCUUCUAUGAGGAUGAGAUGGCCAGCCACCUCGACAGCAAGUUCCACAAGGAACACUUUAAGUACGUAGGCACCAAGCUUCCCAAACAGACGGCUGACUUUCUGCAGGAAUACGUCACCAACAAGACCAAGAAGACAGAGGAACUCCGAAAAACUGUAGAGGACCUUGAUGGUCUGAUCCAGCAGAUUUACAGAGACCAGGAUCUGACACAAGAAAUUGCCAUGGAGCAUUUUGUAAAGAAGGUAGAGGCAGCCCAUUGUGCAGCCUGUGACCUCUUCAUUCCCAUGCAGUUUGGGAUCAUCCAGAAGCACCUGAAGACUGUGGAUCAUAACCGGAAUCGUAGGCUCAUGAUGGAGCAGUCGAAGAAGUCAUCACUCAUGGUGGCCCGCAGUAUUCUCAAUAACAAGCUCAUCAGCAAGAAGCUGGAGAGCUACCUGAAGGGCGAGAACCCCUUCACUGACAGCCCUGAGGAGGAGAAGGAACAGGAGGAGGCUGAGGGCAGCGUUCUGGAUGAGGGGGCAAUGGUCGAAGUAGCAGGGGACACUGAGGGUACUGAAAGCACGCCAGUGCAGCCCCCGGUGCCCCCGGAGCCGACUCCUGGAACUGUGUCGGGCCAACUGCCGCCACCCCCGGAGGAAGACGAGGAGGCCGUGCCCUUGCUAGGCGGGGCGCUGCAGCGCCAAAUCCGUGGUAUCCCUGGCCUCGACGUGGAUGAUGACGAGGAAGAGGGCAGCGGGGACACCCCGUGACCAGGGUCAGAGGCGGGCAGGGCGUGCAACAGAGGCUGGAAGAACUUAAUAAAGUUACUCCCAUCCCA